GGGUGGUGUAUUUUAUUGAGCGUCUUGAUUUCGAGAGAGAAGCAUCAUGUCUGGUAGAGGUAAAGGCGGUAAGGGACUCGGCAAAGGGGGCGCAAAGCGUCAUCGUAAGGUCCUUCGCGAUAACAUCCAGGGAAUCACCAAGCCGGCUAUUCGCCGUCUGGCUCGCCGUGGCGGUGUUAAGCGUAUUUCCGGCCUGAUCUACGAAGAGACUCGCGGUGUGCUCAAAGUCUUCUUGGAGAACGUCAUCCGCGACGCCGUCACCUACACCGAGCACGCCAAAAGAAAGACCGUCACCGCCAUGGAUGUGGUGUACGCCCUGAAGCGCCAGGGACGCACUCUGUACGGCUUCGGCGGAUAAACGCUCAACACCGACCUACGUCAACACAACGGCUCUUUUAAGAGCCACCCAAAUAUCCGCAAAGAGAUGUUUCUUCUUUACUUCGCGUGUGUUUGGGGGGGGAAAGACGCAAAUGACGUCAAAAGUCUUAUAAAGCAAUAUCCGAUAUACAUAAUAAAUUCCAGUAGAAUAGAGUAGAAUAUAUUAUAUAAUGUAAUUGAUUUACAUACAUCUCUCUUCUUAUUUUAUAUAGUGUGUGUGUGUUACGAACUAUGUUUGUGGGUUC